CUCAAAACAAUUUUUGAAGAUGAAAAAAGGUACCAACCCCAAUAUUUUACUUACACUUCCACCGAAUAUCCCCAGGAAAAUUCCUUCUUCAAAACUAAUUUAUCUUAUCUUCUUAAUAAAUUAUCUCUUCCUUUUCUCUUUAUAAACCUUAUCACAUGUUCCUUCUUCCUCCUCCUCCUCCAUGUUCCCAGCUGUCUUAAAUCUUAAAUUUAUGCUUAGCUUCUCAAACCCUACAUUAAUUCUUCUUCUUCUUCUUCUUCUUCUUCUUCUUAUGUAAAUAAUACUACAAAUACUUCUUGAAAAACCUAAAGGGUAAAACCCUUUUAAAACAAAAAUAAAUAAUAUUGAAAAACAUGUCAGGUUUUGCAAGGGCGAAACGAGUUACUGACCCCCUCGACGAUAAAGCUAAAGCUCGACUCAUUGGCUGUCAACUCAGUUGCUUUAGUAGCGGGAGUGAGCACUCAGCUGAUCAUGACGACUCACCUUGCCUGUCUGACCUCGUUCACGGCUUUCUUGAAGAGGAAGACUCCGGUUUUGCUCACGCGUCAACUAAUGGUCACGGAUCAGAUUCAGAACGUGUCGACUUAGUCGCCGACUGUACUGACUUCGUCGUAGACAUGAUCAGAUCAAGCAGUAACGAUAAUUUAUUGUUCGCUCAUGUUUCGAAAGCGAUGGAGGAGUUUUCGUGUUUGAGAAAUCAUCAAAGACCUGUUUUGCGGCGCAAAGUGAUGUUGUUUUUGAGAGAAUUAGGUCACAAUGCAGCGAUCUGCAAGACUAAAUGGGAGUCCUCUGGUGGCGGCUUGACCGCCGGCAGCUACGAGUUUAUCGACGUGGUGGUGCAAUCGAAAUCCUCCGCAUUGCAGAACCGUUACGUAGUGGAUCUCGAUUUCGCUUCUCAAUUCGAGAUCGCGAGGCCUACAAGCCAGUACUUGAAGCUUCUGCACCAUCUUCCUCGUGUUUUCGUAGGCAAAAGUGAGGAUUUGAAGACGAUCGUGAGGAGCAUAAGUGACGCCGCUAAGAGAUCUUUGAAGAGCAGAGAACUCUCCUUGCCUCCUUGGAGAAAAAACCGUUACAUGCAAAACAAGUGGUUCGGUCCGUACCUCCGGACUGUCAAUCCCCUACCUACGAACUCCUUCACACCGCCACCGUCAGUCAACGUUGUGAAAUGCAGGCGCGUAGGCUUCGAAGACGCCGUCAACGGCCGUUUGUUUGUUCGUACGUGAUGAUUUUGGUUGAAGAGGAUUUUUUAGAAAGAGAAUAAUAAUUAUUUCUAAUAAUAAUAAUAUGCCAAUUUUGAACAUUUUUAUGCGGUUUUUUAACUUAAUUUUUAUUUUAAAUCUUGGAUAUAGCAAAAAUACCGUAAUUCAUGUGAAAAUAUUUUCUUAAUAUCGUAAUUAGAUGAGAUUUAUGUAUCGGCUUUUUAUAAUACAUUUUCAAAGGUGAAUACUUCUUAAAAAAAUUAUUAGAUGAUUUUAAUACUUAGAAUGUUAAUAAUAUUGGCAAAAAUAUUUAAAUAAUUACUAAUUUGAUAUUUAUGAAAAUUAUUUUAAAUAACACCCUCACAAUUAUAUUAUUUUAAAUUUAAUACUAAUUUAAAGGCAAACUUAUAAUUUGUUUGAUAGUUGUAUAAUAGUUGUUUCUCAAAAUAUUUUUUAGUUAAAAAUAUAUUGAAAUAAUUUUUUUAUUAGAUUUAAUUUUGAUACCAAUAAAAUUAAAAAUAUCUAAAAAAAAUUAAUAUAAAAUAAAAAAAUAAAAAUUAUAUAUAUAUUUUUAAAUUCUUUCAUAGCACAAAACAAACCGGAUAAUAGAAGAUUGAUAACGCGGCAAAUGCACGCUGUCUUUGUCGCGGCGAGGAGUUGGUUUUUUUAUUUAAAAAGAAAGAUUUAUCACGUGCAAACAGGAAGGUUUGUCUGGUAACCUCAGGAGCAAGAAAAAGAGUAAUCCUGGCCGUUAGAAUAUCAUAAGGGCCGGAAUGAAGAUAUCCAACGGUGAGUGGAAUGGACCUGAUAGAAUAUGGAUAAGGAUGAGGUGGCAGCGUGAUGUGAUGGGGAUUUGGAUAUCAGUUCUGAUGGUGACAUUUUAUUGUGAUGAGAGAUAGCUGGCGAUUAAUGAGUGGGUACAGGUGGCGUGUAGGAGUGAAAGUUGAUGGACGAGGGGGGAACAGAACAGAAAUGAAAAGGAGUUGACGAGUUUGGAUAAGGUUUUUUAUCGCCAUGGCUAAAGAUUGACAGGGGCUCAAAGAAUCAGCCAAGUGGGGGGCACCGAUGAAAGAAAAAAGCUAUGUGUUGUGGCGUUCUGUGCUUAACUCUUCGCCGUCCAUGGCAACAAAUUAAUGGAAGUUAGCUGAUUAUAAUUUCUGGGACAUCAAUAACGUCUCUGUCUGCAUGAUUCUGCAGUGGCAGCAAACAUGUUUGCUCGUCGGAGCAGUCAGUUACCAUGGCAAGGCCAGGUUAAAGAGUUGCAUUUGUAUUAUUGGACUCUGUUAGAGCUGCAGAAGCACCCACUGAACUCAAAUCCAUGAAAGAUGGAGAUGUCUUAGGGUAGAAGACUCCCCUUUUCGCCAUAGAAUGAAGUAAGUUUUCUAGCUGGGGGGGCUUUCACAUGGAGCAAGGAUAUCCGACUACACAUAAAGUUAGAAUACAUGGUCUGAAAGUGCUCUGGAUUGUUAAUAUAUCAAUCAUCGUGAUAAUUUCCUUUCAGAGGUUGAUUGAUUUAUCAGUCAACUACCUUUAUUGGUUUGCCAAAUUAUAAAUAAAGCUAAAGACGUGGGAAAACACUGUUUUUCUGCA